GGUGACGCUGGUCCCGGAGGAGGCAGAGGACAUGUGGCACACGUAUAACCUGCUUCAAGUGGGCGAUAGUCUGCAGGCUUCAACUAUCAGGAAGGUGCAGACGGAGUCGGCCACAGGCAGCGUGGGCAGUAACCGUAUCCGGACCACACUCACCAUCUGCGUAGAGACUAUCGACUUCGACUCCCAAGCCUGCCAGCUGCGCGUCAAAGGCAUCAAUAUCCAGGAAAACCAGUACGUCAAGAUGGGGGCUUAUCACACUAUAGAGCUGGAACCCAACCGCAAGUUCACGCUGGCCAAGAAACAGUGGGACAGUGUGGUGCUGGAACGCAUAGAGCAAGCCUGUGAUCCUGCGUUCAGCGCUGAUGUGGCGGCAGUGAUCAUGCAGGAAGGACUUGCGCACAUCUGUCUUGUCACACCUAGUAUGACCCUUCACCGAGCUAAGAUUGAGACGAACAUUCCACGCAAGAGACAGGGCAGCUGCUCACAGCACGAGAAGGCCCUGGUGAAGUUCUAUGAGCAGGUCAUGCAGGGAAUCAUCCGUCACAUCAACUUUGAAGUGGUGAAAGUGGUGUUAGUGGCCUCCCCAGGAUUCGUGCGGGAGCAGUUUUGUGAGUUUCUUUUCCUCCAAGCUGUAAAACAAGACUUAAAGACUCUCCUGGAAAACCGAGGCAAAUUCAUCCAAGUCCACAGUUCGUCCGGGCACAAAUACUCGCUGACAGAAGUUCUGUGUGAUCCGGCCGUCACCGCCCGCCUGGCAGAUACGAAGGCUGCUGCUGAAAUAAAAGCGCUGGGAGACUUUUACAAAAUGCUGCAACAUGAACCAGACCGAGCGUCCUAUGGGUUGAAGCACGUAGAGCGAGCCAAUGAGGCGCUGGCUAUUGACACUCUAUUAGUCACUGAUGAGCUCUUCAGGCAUCAAGACGUGGCCAUGCGAAGCCGUUACGUGAGACUUGUGGACAAUGUGAAAGAGAACGGAGGGACAGUCAGGAUUUUCUCCAGCCUGCAUGUGUCAGGAGAGCAAUUGAUUCAACUAACCGGCGUGGCAGCCAUCUUACGCUUUCCGGUGGCCGAUCUAUCGGAGGAUGAGUCCACCUCGGAGGAGGACUAGCGCCAGGGAAUGCUCAGAGACUGAUUAUUUAUUAAGCCGAAGUCUCAUGGCGGUCUGGCGUGCUACCGAGUGGUCGCCAUGGUGACCUAGGACUCUGUGUUGUUAUUAUGGGAGACUCUGGGGAAUGUCCUCCACGCUGCCAUCUGCUGUCAUCAUUAAUAAACACCUUGGAUGUUGGACAAGAA